CAACCCACUUCUCAAUUGGAUGCACCCUCCCAACCUUACGAGAUAGGAUGCGGAAGCGAGACAUCGGUACUCGGAAUUCGGGUCCCUGAGGUCAAGCCUCGUGAAGCUGUACCCGACCAUCAUCAUUCCACCAAUUCCAUCAAAGCAAACUAUUGGUGACUAUGCCACGAAGAAGGCAAACGGUUAUCAAACGCGCAUGCUUCUGCACAGAUUUGAUCAAUCCUUUCAGUUCCUCGCUACGUCGCGUCUACAAUCCAAAUCAGUCUCAUUCGGCGCAGGCCAUAACUCAGGUGCUUUCAUGUAUGUAUUCAUGUGAGGAUUCGAGCGUUGACCGCCGUGACCUCAUUUCACCUUAUAUUUUUCAGUCUCAAUCUGCCCCACUAUCGCCUGGUUUCCGGUCGUCUACUGCUCUCACUACUGUCACACCACCCAUUAGCUUGGCGGCGUCUUCGUCCGUGUCAUUCGUUGCGGCCCAUUAUCGAUGUUACUCUUACCUAGAGGCUAGCAACUUGGAGACUCAGGGCGAGCAAUUCACCUGGUUGAAUGUACGUUCCAGUCUAGCAACCCCUUCAUUUAUGUACUUCCUAACACGCCCCUUCCGUAUGGUAGUGACGGCAUUGCACUGUGUCAAUUUGCACAAUGUUUCGUUCAAACUGCCGCCUUGCUUUUCGUUUCCCUGUCGUGGUCAUCAACCUUGCCCGGGGGUCUUGUAGAAUCAUUUGGACUACUAUUUCGCACAAAUAGAGUCAUGCUACAUUGGGCCUUAAUAUGGAGUCGAAUGAACUACUGAGAUCAUUAUA